AUGUCGGAUAUUGGAUUUUCUGGCGGCGACCAGGACCCCUGGCAGCAGCUCUCUGGCAGGUCGUCGAAGAUGCGCGUGCCUAACCGUGCCGUGCUCACCCGGAACGUCCCCUUCGGCCGCCAUAGACCGGCGCCGGAGGUUAUUGAGCACAUGCUCGAUGACCUGGAAGAACGUAUGCGCAACUAUUUUACUUUGUACAACCGUGAGCGUGAGCUGCGCAAGCAAAGUGAGGCUACGGCAUACCGCCUCGAGCAGGAGUUGGUCGAGGAGCGCAGGAAGCUUGCCGAGGCAAACACUCAGAUCGAACAUCUGGACACCAAGAUCAGGGCCUUAGUAGGUCAGCCUUUGAAAAUCCGUGCCACCAUCGACAAGAUCGAGCUGCUCUACAACCAGUUGGAUACACUGGUGCAGGCAUUCGUCGGAAUUGGCAGUUGCGCUACCUUGCAAAGCCAGAACCGUGCGGCAUUUUUGCGGCUGUUUUUAGAAUACCUGUACCCAUGCAGGGACCUGGAUGUCAGGCUGAACACUCUUUACACCGCCAUCUACGCAUCGAUGUCCCAUGUCGGCAAUGCGACCGAGUCCCACCCCCUGCCGACACCCGCGGCUCCUGCGCCAGCCCCAACACCAGCCCCGGUGGAGCUUGCUUCGCCGUCGGCACAGCUACGUGGCUUGUCGGUAACGGUUCACCAGCUGAUGCUCAAGAGCAACAAGUCUACCAACGAACCCGGGUGGUAUUCAUGCGUUUUCCGGUACGACAACGAGACGGCCGAAACCGCACUAUCUACGUCGUCUCGCGUGAUGAAGGUUACUGCAAGACCUAUGGAUAACGCAUCUGGCGUUAUCGACAUCAACGGCUGCGUAUCGGUUCAGCAGCUGCCGCCGCGUGUCCCCAACGUACUGCCGAUGCUGAUUCUGGACGUUUACUCCGGUAGCGUGCUGUUGGGAAGUUCUAAAAUGUCGAUUGUGGACGAGAGGACGCUGAAUGCGCGCGAGCCGUGGCAGAUAAUCGACGCUGGCGGGAACCACUGCGGUGACCUGAUCGUUACCGUGCGGGGCAUCCCCGACGGUGCUAAGCUGCCCGCUGUGAACUUCAUCCGUCGCAACGACGAGCUCAUGAUGAGCCAAGUGGCACCAGUGGAUGCCAACAAACCAUCGCAAUCUGAACCAACGGUUCCCGACAAGGUCAGCACAGCUGCACCCGUCACAAACAAGGCGCCAUCGGUGUCGAAGCCUGAGGCGAAGGCAAAGCUGCCUCCACCGCGCACAACUAUUCAGCCGAAACCAGCGGAGGAUACGCCGUUCCAGCCCAAGCAGAAGGCCAUAAUGCGCAAGCCACUGUUCCUCAAGGGUAAGCCGACACCGUUGGGAGCUCCUGCCAAAGCGGCAACGGCGUCCACCGAAUCGGCCACACCAGCAAAGGCAGCAUCAGCACCUGAUGCUGCGCCUAAAGCCACCCCCUCCAUCACGAAGGCGCCGUCAUUCGGCAAAUCAUCGAUUCCACAGGCUUCUGAUGGCAAGGCAAAAUCACCGGCUCCCGAAGCCGCUGCAUCCAAGGCUAUGCCGACCAAAGCACCGCCUAUGGUCGCCAGCAAGUCUAAUGUUUCGGCUGACUCAACGCCACAGCCAGAUGCCGCAUCAGCAACUCCCAAAGUAGCUGUUAAGGCACCACUUGGGAAGGCUGGCUUAACGCCCAAGGUUACAUUCCAGACCCCUAUAACAACGAAGGCAGAAGCUCCGUCUAUGGCUCCCAAGGCCGUGACUAAAGCGCCAGUGAGUGCUUCACCCGGGCCUGCUGAAGCGGCAGCUCCAACGGUGACUCCAAAGGCUGACCCGGUUCCUGCCAAGAAGGCGCCUCUCUUGGCUCCUAAGGGGGUCACCAAGGCACCAGUGGGCAUCGCUCCGAAGACAUCCCCAACUACCGAAGGCGCUGCACCGAAAGCGAUCGUCCCGAAGAUAGCUCCCAAAGCGAUCGUCCCGAAGAUAGCUCCCAAAGCGAUCGUCCCGAAGAUAGCUCCCAAAGCGGCGCCGGCAACGGAAGCACCUGCUGAUGGAGCAGUCGCUUCGGUUCCCAAGGGACCGCUGAUAGCCCCGAAAAGCAAGACGCUGGGUAUUGCCCCGAAGGUUGCAUUACCAGGAUUAACACCUAAGACGGCCCUGCCAGGUGCCGCUCCGAAGACACCAGCUGCCGGAAUCACGCCCAAGACGGCCCUGCCAGGUGCCGCUCCGAAGACACCAGGUCCCGGAAUCACACCCAAGACCGCACUGCCAGGAAUCGCGCCGAAGGUCGGACUGCCUGGAAUUACACCUAAGGUUGCGCCGCCACCGGAACCGGCGACUGCCGGCGAUGCUGCUGCAGGCGCAGACGAUAAGAAGCCAUUGAUUCCGAUUGCAAUAAAACCGAAAUUCCAGCUGAAGAAGCCACUGGCCGUGAAGAAAGCCUGA